AGAGACUGCUCUUCUCGGAUACGCUUAUGUUCUAUGCACGAUAAAUUCGCAGGGGUGUUUCUCUCCGAUUUUCCGACAUUUCACCUGUCUUGUGUCACAUUUCGCGGAUUUUUCGUGACUGCAUCGAGCGCAGGACAAUCCCGGCGAAAUGCUUAAUCACGUGUUGCGGCCGAUCGCUCGCAACUUGGUCAGAGGCGGCACUCGUUCCAGCAGUUCAAAAGCACUGGAUAUUAAACCAGCGACAAUAAAUGACAUACCUGGACCAUGUGGGGCGUGGAAAGACCACUAUGACUCAAGACAGAAGGUUUACAAUGCUCAAUUAAUCGCUGGCCUUGUUGUCCUAAUCAGUACCAUAACUUAUAUAAAAACGUCAGGUGUUAUCUUCUUCAACUUUUUCCCACCCGAGGAGCCUGCUGAAAGCAAAUAAAUAUUUAUAGAAAAUCUUAGAUAAAAAUAGGUACAGAAGCAAUCUGGCCACACAGCUGUUGAUGUUAUGUACUUUAUUAUGCAAGUAUAACACGCAAUAACUUGUAUUCUCCUCAAUAAAUAGUUCAUAUUUAUGAAUAUGUUUAUCUUGAA